AAACGUCUUCCAUUAGGUCCAUAGAAAAUGGUGAGGAGCGAGGUGAUUCUCUCGGUCUACAUAAUUACCUUCGUGAUAGGCCUGCCAGCCAACCUCCUGGCUCUCUAUGCCUUCAGUGUCAAGAUCCACAUCAAGACACAUCCAACAGACGUCCUGCUACUCAACCUGACCGUCUCCGACCUGCUCUUCUUGAUCAUCCUUCCUCUCAAGAUGCACGAGGCUGCGUCAGGCAUGAUGUGGGAUCUGCCCAAAUUCCUGUGCUCCCUCGCCUCCUUCACUUUCUUCUCCACCAUCUACACCAGCUCCUUGUUGUUGAUGGCUGUCAGUGUGGUUCGCUACAUUGCAGUCGCUUUCCCUAUCACCUAUCAUCGGCUGAAAAAUCCUGUGUAUGCAGUAGUGAUCAGUGCAGUCAUUUGGCUGAUGUCUUUAGUACACUGCAGUAUCACUAUCAUCACCCAGCACCACCCAUCCCUCACCAGCAAUGACACUCAAGGCCGUGUUUGCUAUGAGAACUUUACGGAGAAGCAGCUGGAGGUCCUCCUCCCGGUACGUUUGGAGUUUUUCAUUGUCCUCUGCCUUGUACCUCUUUUAAUUUGUGUUUACUGCUACGUGCAAUUGAUCUACAUCCUGUACAGCCGGCCCAGGAUAUCCCACAUGCAGAAGCAGAAAACCAUCGGUAUGGCCUUGGGGACUCUAGCAGUGUUCCUCAUUUGCGUGCUACCAUACAAUAUCUCUCAUUUAGUGGGUUUCAUUCAGGAUAAGAGCCCAGAGUGGAGGUACUACACCUUACUGCUUAGCACCUUCAACACCUGCAUUGAUCCCAUCAUCUUCUACUUCUCUUCCUCUACCUUCCACUGCAACAGUAAAAGGUCAAUUUUCAGGAAACGUAAACUCCCUGUUUCAGGGUUUCAGAAGCAGGGCUCCAACUCUAGCGAAGGGUAA